AUGGGCAUUAAUGUGUGGAGGUUCUUCUCGUUGCCUCAGUUUCAGAAUUCAUAUGAGAAAUCAUCGUCGGCUACUGUAGCAGCCGCCGAAUAUCAUGACGGUAUGCAAUCUUGCCUAAACGGUAUAGUUACAGGAAGGCGUAUAGCUUUGUUUAUGGCUUACCCAUCUGGUCCUGGUCAUCAUAGAAUUCUUACAUUUAGAGCUGGAGGUGGUGACUUGUCUAACUGGAGUCACAUGAAUAAAUCUCAUAAUGUUCCGACUGAUUAUGUGAUAGUUUGUUUUGAUGUUAGGUCUGAAAGAUUCACCUUUAUUUACGUAGAAAGGAUUUGUCGGUUGAUAAACUAUAAGGGCAAAUUAGCUAUGAUUUACUGGGAGGAUGAUGUCGACAUUCAUGAGCUUCUUCAUUUGGAUAAUGAUGUGUACACUUAUUGGGAGAAAAAGCGCAACAUUGGUGUCAUUAAUGAGUUGCGUUUGUGGGUUUUAGAGGAUGUAAAGAAACAGGAAGGACUGCGUCUAUGA